AUGAGCCCGUCGCACCUCGACACCGGCGGCGGUGGCAGCCGGCCAACAAAGAAAGACGCCAGACGAAGCCCCAUUGGCAGCAACAGCUCAGACGAGGAAGAGACCUGGCACUCGACACCAGCAAGUCCCGCGAUGAAGCCGACAGCAAACGACGCGGAUACGACAGCUCUCUCAACAGAAACAGACAAAUCAUCCUCGCAAACAAAACCUUUGACAGAAUUAUCACCCGCCACCGCUUUUCCCGAGGUGGGAGGGGUUGUUGGGAGUCGACAAGGAUUCGACCUAGACGAGCAGGGGUCGGUUCGACCAGGGUCAGGACAUGGGCAAAUGCAUAUGCAAAGCGGUGACAACUUUUCCGAUAUUGCACUCGAUGACCAGCGGUCCUCCAUCCCAUCCUCCGUCGCUGCCUCGGACGCCGAAGAGGCUGCGCGCGUCUUUGCGACACCGCCACAGUCUUCCACGCCCAAAUUGCCGCCGUUCCCUGCCCGGCCACCCGUGGCGCGCGUGUCCGCGGCAAGCAAUCUAGCUGGCGACGGUGAUGGCGACGAUGCGGUCUUUGACGAACGGCCCUCGUCGUCCUCUGCUGCCGGCAAAGGCCCAGCACCACCACUGCCUCCGCGCUACUCGUCGCAAUCGUUUGGAGGCGCACCCAUCUUCCCGCCGCCGCCAAAGCGCCGUUCACAGCGCGUGAGCGGCCGUCCCAUGUCGAUGGCUUCCGUUAUGAGCGGCACAGCCUCGCCGUCCUCGUCAACCACCUCGCCGCGCUCCUCGUCCUUCUACCCGCCCAAUUACCUCAACCGCCCUCUGCCCCAAACACCUACGUCGGUCGUCAGCGGUGGCAGCCGCCCGUCGUCUUACUCCUUCUUUUCGCCCACCACCUUCAUGCCGUCGGCCACGUUGGCCACCUUCUCGAGCAACACCUCCCAGACACGCCCGCUCUCCAUGGCCAUGGAUGUCCCCCGCCCCCUGCGCCUGCAGCCGAGCCUGCCCAUCCGCAAGGGCACCUCCACGCCCGGCAGCAGCAGCAACGGCCACGCUGGAGGAGCGGGCGACGACGCGGGCGACGACGCCGGGUACGACAUGGCCUGGCUGCGCGCCCAUCAGGCCGCCGCCCGCAUGGCGCGUCGGCGUCAGCGCGAACAGCACUUGGGCCCCGAGGCAUUCGAGCGGCACCGGCAGCGUCUCGAGAGCCACGAAGGCACCUUUGAGGUGGUGGCGUGCUUCUUGCAGCGCCUGGCGCACGCCGAGAACGAUGCGCUGGAGCCCGCCAACUUCCCACACUCGCUGGCCGAACAAAAGCGUCAGCAGGAGGCUAUGGAGCUCAUGCGGCAGGAGACGGUCGAGGCGCUGACCCCCCUGCUGGCAUACGGACCGACAGAACCGCCACCGCCGGCUCGACACGUCUCUUCGGCCAAGACGCCACACAUGUCGGCCGCCGCCACUGCGUCGUCCAAGAAAUCGGGCCCUGUCCCCGGCCACGUCGUCGGCCUACCACCGACGCCGCCCCUCUCGCCGCGUCGCCACGAUCCCCGCCGCGAGUCCGGCAUGAGCAGCAUCACAGAGACGAGCCUCAGCGGCGGGCACAGCGACGACAGCAGCAGCAUCCACGGCAGCGCGCGGCCCGCCUCCGAUACCUGGCGGCAGUCCAUGAAGCGGGCGUCGGCGUUGUUUGGCGGUUGGGGUGGCGGCGGAGGAAGCAGCAGCACGGCGCCGGCUUCGACGACGCGGUUCUCUGGCGACUAG